UCUUUCUUGUCGCAAUCCCCCGUCUCGCAGAAGCCAAAACCUAACGGCAAUAACCAAAGUUCUCUUCCGACUACUCCUCGUUGUCUCCCCGCAAUUGCAUAAAUAUGGCAUCGUCCACACUCCCCAUCUCUCAAUCCCGACAUUUCUCCGCUCCCCGUCGCCCUUCCCCUUCUCCCUUCUCCGCCUUCUUAGGGACACACCGACUACUCCUCCUCCGCCGUCCCCGGGUAGUUGCUGGCAACUGGUUGCGUCUGCGGGCCUUGGUCGUCAAAGCCACCACGACCGAGAUGCCGAAGCGGCAGACGCCAGGAAGGGCCGGCGGGUUCGUGGACGAGAUGAGAGCCGUCGCGAUGAAGCUGCACACAAGGGAUCAGGCCAAGGAAGGGGAGAAGGAGCCUGACUCGCCGCCCGUCAGGAAGUGGGAGCCUUCCGUUGAUGGUUACCUCCGGUUCUUGGUCGACAACAAGCUAGUCUAUGAUACCCUCGAGAUCAUCGUCCAGAAGGCUGCCUACCCCUGUUAUGCUGAGUUCAGAAAUACUGGCUUGGAAAGGUCCGAGAACUUGGUCCAAGAUUUAGAGUGGUUCAAAGACCAAGGACAUACCAUUCCUGAACCUUCUGUAGGUGCUUCUUAUGCUCAUUAUCUGGAAGAGCUAUCAGAAAAGAAUCCUCAAGCUUUCAUCUGCCACUUCUACAACAUAUAUUUUGCUCAUUCUGCUGGUGGUCGAAUGAUUGGUAGAAAGGUAGCAGAGAAGAUCUUAGACAGCAAAGAGCUGCAGUUCUACAAGUGGGAUGGUGAUCUCUCCCAACUGUUGCAGAAUGUGCGAGACAAGCUGAACAGAGUUGCUUCAAGCUGGUCUAGAGAAGAGAAGGAUCAUUGCUUGGAAGAGACAGAGAAAUCCUUCAAAUAUUCAGGAGAGAUACUCCGUCUUAUAUUAUCGUAGAAGCUGAAGAAGAAUCCAUCAGCUUGCUAACUAUAAAUAUUCUUCCAGUUCCGCUUGGGGAAUUCAGUGGUGGAAAACUUGUCCACAUAUGUUUGUUCCUCAAAACUGUAUCAUAAUCUGUCCUUUAUUCGAAGACAGUUUCUUUCUUCUA